AUGGAAAUUGUAGGAAAUGGCGGGUUCGCCGGCGUGAUCGACACAGACCAGAUGGCCUUACAGUUGGAGCAGGGAUUUGCUGUAGCAGGUGGUGAUUCCGGCCAUCGAUUAGUGGAGAAUGGAGCUGGGGGGUCCGGAUCUUACAUUCCCUUUUUCAAUGACUUAGAGGAAACGAAGGCAUGGAUCCAUGAAUCCAUUGCGAUCAUUACCGAGCCGACUCGCAAAAUCACCUCUUCCUUCUACAAAAGCCCCCACGCAACAUUCCAUCCUCACCUCUUUGAUGGCAUCUAUGCUGGUUCUCCUGGCAACUGGUACUCCCACCUCAUGCUUUCCUUUUUAUGGAAUGGGCAGCAGUCAAAGGGGGAUGCCUUUAUUGAUCAAGCCACUCUCAACGCAACCACCGAUGCAGUUCUCGAUGCCUGUGAUGAACUUGAUGGAGUCAAGGACCGCCUCAUCGAGAACCCACUUCGUUGCAAUUUUGAUCUCAACUCCCUAGCCUGUUCAAGUGCUACUGGAUACUCAAAUGAAAACCACACCUGCUUGAGCCUCCGGCAACUGGAAGCACUCAAAGCCAUCUAUGCAGGGCCAAAGAACACCAAGACUAACUCAUCCGUCUAUCCUGGAUUCAGUCUUGGCUCAGAAAGAGAGCUGUUGGCGCAGGAGACUUUGCUAUACAAGGAGUAUGCUGCGCCACUUCUACAAAACCUCAUAUUCCAUAAUCUUUCAUACGACAUAGAUACAUUCAGCUUUGAGCAUGAUGUAGCAAAAGUUGAUGCGGUAGCUGGCCCGCUGAUUGACGAGAUUGGAGUCGACCUCAGCGCUUUCCAACGUCAUGGUGGCAAGAUGAUUGUAACGCAAGGCUGGACUGAUCCCCUCAAUGCCGCAACGUGGCCCAUCCAACACCUGGAGCAGCUGCAGCAAUCCAGUUCGGAUGGAUCUGUGUCCAGCUUUUUCAACUUAUACAUGGUACCUGGCGGAGGUCAUUGCGGUGCGGCAACUUCAUACCCCUAUGUGCCAGCCACAUACCAUGUUGAAGAAGCACUCGUCUCGUGGGUGGAGAAGGAAAUCUUUCCAGACUCCGUAUUGUCUUCAAAUCCGCCUGAUGGCUCAUCACGGACGCGCAAGCUCUGCCCUUGGCCGAAGACGGCUAAGUUACGGAAUAAGGCACAUCCUGAUUUGGCUGAAAGUUAUGACUGCGUUCAUGACUGA